UAAAGGCCUUGAGCCAGGUACAGGUUAACAAGAAGUUUAAAGACUAUGACGCCACGACACUGUCGCCCUUCCCCUACGGCGGGGCUGCCCUCCCGGGACGGCCAGCCGGUCCCACCCACUAAGCGCCGGACGGGCUGCGGAACCAGACACCGGAGGCGCAGAGCCCAGCGUUCCGCCUGCGCGGCGGGGGCGGCGACCGCACUUCCGGGACUCGGCGACGCGCCGCCCGACCGGUAGGAGCCGCCCUCGAUCGUCGAGCUCGAAGGCCACGCCAGUCGCAGCCGCUUCGCGUCCGCCGCCACCGACCCCUCGACCGGCCGACAUGGUUGAAGCUGACCGUCCCGGGAAGCUGUUUAUUGGCGGGCUCAACCCCGACACCGAUGAGAAAGCCCUCGACGCCGCAUUUGGCAAGUAUGGCCCCCUCAGCGAGGUGCUCUUGAUGAAAGACCGCGAAACCAGCGAGUCCAGGGGCUUCGCGUUCAUCACCUUUGAGAGCCCCGCCGACGCCAAGGCCGCCGCCAGAGACAUGAACCGCAAGUCCCUGGAUGGUAAGGUCAUCAGGGUGGCCCAGGCCACCAGGCCGGCGUUUGAGAGCGGCCGCCGGGGCGCGCCGCCGCCGCCACCCAGCAGCCGCGGUCGCCCGAGGGGCCUUCGCGGGGCCCGCGGGGGCGGUGGCCUGCGGCGCACCUCCUCCCGGGGCGGGCCGGCCGACCACGGUGGCUACGCGGGGGAUUUCGAUCCGCGGCUCCUCAGGGCCCCGAUGCCCUUGAAGCGCGGGCCGCCGCGCAGGGCCGAGCCGCCGCCCAAGAGGGCCGCGCCGUCAGGGCCCGCUCGCAGCGGCGACGGGGGAAUGCGCUGGCGGGUCUCGGCCGCGCGGGGCCUAGACGGCCACGCGGGCCCGCUGCGCCGCGAAGCCUACCUGGGCUCCCGGGAGGGCUACGCGCCCAGAGACGGCUACUCGAGCCGAGAGUACCCGAGCGCCCGCGAGUCCCGCGACUUCGCGCCCUCCCCCAGGGAGUACACCUGUCGCGACUACGGCCACUCCAGCGCCCGCGACGACUGGCCGUCGAGAGGCUUCGGCGAGCGAGACGGCUACGGCCGCGAUCGUGACUACGCGGAUCAUCCGGGCGGAAGCUCCUACCGAGGCCCCUUGGAGAGUUACGGGGACUCGCGCAUCGCCGCGCCCGCGCGGGGCCCCCCGCCAUCUUUCGGCGGAGGCGGGCGCUACGACGAGUACCGGGCCUCCUCGCCCGACGCCUACGGCGGCGGCCGCAGCGACCGCUACUCGAGGGGCCGCGACCGCGUGGGCAGGACCGGCCGCGGGCUCUCGCCGACGGUGGAGAGGCUGUGUCCGCCGCCGCGCGAUGCGUACAGCCGUUCGGGACGCCGGGCGCCCCGCGAUAGCCGCCCGGAGAGCGGGGCUGGUCGGAGCAGAUACUAAGUACGAACAGACUUGGGACCAAAAUCCGUGUCAAAGAAGCUGUUGAAAAGAAGAACCUGUUCUAGGGUAGGUAGCUACCCAAGGACUAGUACAAGAAAGAGUUGUUUUUGUCUCAUAAGAAUUUCCUGUUAGCUUGCUCUCUGCAACUUUUGUGCUUUUGGAAGAAAGAAGUUAAAACUCGUUUUAUUUCCUUUUAUAAUUGUUAACGUUUCUUUAAACAAACUCAUGUUAAAAGUGUAAGACUUGAACCUGCGUACUAGUCUUCUUAUACUUCCAAGUAGAAAUGCUCCUAAAAGCUUCCUUCUUUCUGAGUUUUCCUGAUAAAUGAGGCAAACAGUCAUACGAUCUUUCACAAACAUCUGCCCACCUAAAAUGGAAAAAUGGAUCAUUCUGUCCAUUCAAACCGACUAGAUUUUUGGGGGAAGAAUGGGAGGAAUUGGAGUAUGUUACUCUUAGGAUUUCACCGUGUCUCUCAAACUGAAUGUCUGUGUUCCCAAUAUUAAAAAACGAAUGACCAGCACCAACAGAGAGCACUUAAAUCAGAUGCUUAUGUAAAGAAGUAUUUACUUCAUAAAUCUCAAAAAGCAAAUGGAUAACUCUGGCCACACUUCAUUAUUAUAAUUUUUUGCCUUUACUUUCGAGAAUCUGCAGAAUCUCCUGUCUCCUUGCUCCCCAAAAUAACACAUGUAUAGAACAAGGAUCGAAUACUAAAUUAAAGAUUUGGCCAGCCAACCACAAAGCUUCAAAGUCCCCAAAAGACAUCAAUUAAUAACAUUUAUUUUCACCACCAAAAAUUAUUAAGAAACAAGUAGGAAAUAUACCAGUGGUGGAUUUGGGGAUAAUAACGGCUUCCAUUUCUAAGUUCAAGCUACUUGCUGCUGGGUCCUUUGGAGAUAAGUGGGUUAGCACCCCUAAAGGUGGAGAAAUUAAAUGUGAGCAGCAUCAAAGCUCUGAAGCCCAGAGAUGCCCUGAGAGAGCUUUGUAUUUCAGCACCUGAGAAUCCCAACCUGGUAUGAGGGACCUGGGUCCUUCUGUUUACAAGGGCAAGGGGAUGGGUUGAAUGUUCCCUAUUCGCAAGGUGCGGAGAAGGGCUUGAGCGGGCAUAAGUCAGAGAGGCUUCCUGCAGAAUGCCUCAGGAGAGAGAAUAGUUUCCUUUUUUCACCCCAAGCUCAGGGUAAGAAACCCUUUUUCCUUUUAGCACCUUGGAAUUCUCUAUUUAUCUGAGAGAAAGGUAAUUGUACAGUCAAGGGACUCUAGCAACCAGAGAAAGAAGAUGACGUUAAACUGUUAGGACCCAUAUUCAGUGUAAUAACUGCUGGAGGAAACAGAUGACACCUGAACAACAACAAAAUACAGAGAUCUGAAUGUAACAUACAUAUACUACUCUAAAAACAUGGUUUUUCAACAAAAUGAUAACGUAGAUGAAUUACAGGAGAGGCUGCAUUAGUGGCCCAGAGGAUCAAAUGCAAGAAAUAAAUUAAUUCCUGGGCUAUGUUUUUUUUUUUUUAAGCUGCCAAAAAUGUGUAAUACCUUUGUGGCAAAACUAUUGAUCUUUCUUAAAGAAGACUAAAUAAAUGGAGGUUCAUUUGAUGGUUAAUACUUUUUAUCAUAUCCUCAACCUCACCAAACUAAUGUGGAAAAUCAAUACAACUUCAAAUGCAGUUACAUGAUU